AUGUCGAGCUCCAUUGAAAAGAACUCAGAAGCUGACACGUAUGAGAUGCAAACCUUGAAGAUUCUGGAGGACUCACAAACUUUAGAUGAAGCUCUCCAAGAUCAGCAUAACGAUGACUUGGAAACUGGAGGUAGCCCGUUUGAGGAUACACAGGAAUCACGAAAACAAAAACUGGGAUCAAGGAAAAUAGAGUACUCUGUGUUUUUGAACUUCUUUUUCUAUUUGAUUGUGCUUGGAGGUUUGUGGUUUCUCAUUGGCCAAAAUUCAACAUUACGAUGUAUGGCGAACGGUAAUUGCGAACCGUUAUUUACCCUUCGAAUUCUCGACUCUCCAAAAGGAGCUAAUCAGAUGCUUUCUGGAAUCAGAGAAGGACUUAGAAUGUUGUCAUAUGUUGCAAUUGAUUUGGGGGUCAACAACAAUCUACUUAACAAUAAGAAUCUCAACUAUGAUCAUGUCAUCGACACUUUAUCCAAUAGCAACAACAUCUUCAAGUUCGGAUAUAAUGGCUAUUGUCGGUAUGACUCGGCUACCAAGGAACAGAUAUGUUCCAAGUGUAAUGGACUCGAUAUCUUUUCAUGUCUUGUCAAGGAUAUUGGUAUCCAGUUGGGUAAGGUUUCCAACUCGAAUAGCCCGGACUUGAUAGGUGAAAGCCUUUGUACGGUUUAUCAUGAAUCAAUGUCGAGCAUGUUGCUAUUAUACGAAUUUGGAAAGGCUAAGAGACCAGGUUACGAGAACAUCGACUUGAACAAGUUAGCAAUGGUGCAACAGCUUGAUAAGUUGAACGGUUUGGGCAAAGUAAUCAUCCAUUUCAACUUCGCUCAACAGAUACCUUCAUUUAUUGUUUGUGAUUAUUCAAUCGACUCUACUCUUAUUACUUCAAAUCUACUUCCAGGUGCUAGCCAGUAG